GCUGUGCCCAUACUGGAGCAAGAAGGACACCGGCGCCGAGUACUCCCAGCGCUGUCCUCUGGGCCUCCGUUGCCCCUACUCGCAUGGUGCCAAGGAACAGCUCUAUCACCCACACUACUUCAAAACCGCCGUGUGCCGAGACCUUCGCGGGAAGGCAUGUCCCCGGCACAAGCUUUGUGCCUUCUACCACCAUCGCCAUGAGCGUCGAACGACUCCGGUUGAUGAUGUCGACUAUGAAAAGCCACUUCCGGUAGAGGCAUUGCCUGAAAGCUGGGUCACUGACUUUUUGUCCCCUCCGUUCCACGCUGAGUCAAGCAAGCCCAGGAUGGAUGACCCGAAGGAGCGAAAUAUGAUGCAGGCUCCUGGGCAGAUGGAACAAGGCGGACAGUACGGGCAGAUGAUGCAGGCUCCUGGGCAGAUGGAACAAGGCGGACAGUACGGGCAGAUGCACUGCGGGCAGAUGCCUUUCUUCCCAAUGUUGAUGCUCCCGCAGAAUGUGGUCAUUGCGGUGCAGAUUGUUGAGACUCUGCCUGGACAGAUGCCGAGCGGUGAGCGGGAGCUGGAGAACUCGCCUGCUGAGGAUUGCGAGCUAAGCCCAUGCGCAAGCCCCCGAUGCGGAACGCGAGGAUUCUCGUCUUCUGACAACAUGCUUCCGUGGGCUUGUCCGAUGGUUCCAAUCGCCUUACCAAUUGAGACGUCCGACACGCCUGAGAUGCAAGGGCAGUGCGCCCUUCAGAUGUGCUCCGAGCGUUGUUCUUUUUAG